AUGUUGCUUCAGCAAACUUGCUCGGGAAAAACUAAUGGUUAUGUCCAAAGCUUUCAUUCUGCAUGCUGGGAAGGUGUUCGCUAUCUUGCAUAUGGAACCGGAAGUAGUUUAGUGAUAUAUAACAGCUGUCUAGAACAUAUCCAAACAACAGAUGUUUCAAAAUUAUUGAAAGACAUUAAACAGGAGCCAGGACUAGAACUCAAUGUAGUCUCAGUUGAGAUUUCUGAAAUUGAUGGCAAGAUUGCAUUGACUGCCGGCACAGAUGCAUUUAUAUUAUGUCCGCAACAAGUCAAUAAAUUGAUACUUUCUACUUGUUUUUAUAAAGAUCAACUAUUGGUUGGCGGUGAAACACUCACGAUUUGGGAACAAACCAUAUCACCUAACCACGAGAUUCCUGUAAAAUGGACAAAACUAUGGGAACAAAGGGUCUCCGCAAAAACAAUACUUGCACAGUUUUCACCGGAUUCUACGCUAUUUGCUUCUAUGAGCGAUAACGAUAGGUUGGUGAAAAUUUGGUGGAAUCCUUAUAAUUACGAGACAAAAGAUCGAAAAUAUGAAUUUAUUUACUUACCACAUCCAAGAGCCGUAACAAAUUUCACAUGGCGAAAAGGUCCACUUGAACAAAAAAAUUCAGCAGGUUCAAAUAUUCUCAUAACAAUGUGUAAAGAUGGAAUUUGUCGUAUUUGGGCAUCAACAAACCCUGAUGAGCCACAGUGCCUCUACAUAUCAACGGUGGUUGAUCCGUCACAAUCAUUAGUAACUCUCCAAUCAUUGGAAGAAGAAACAUGUAAUGAAGGUCCUAAUCUUUUUACAUCAAUACAUUGGAUCGAUUCAAAAGAAUUUUUAUGUGCACUUAAAUCAAGUAUUGAAGCGUUUGAUGGAGAUUUGGAUGAUUCCAUUUGUGGGAACGGAUUAAGAAAAUUGAGAAAUUUGGCGAACGACACUCCAGAUUUGUUAUAUCAGGUUCAAAGGGAUGGAUCGAUGGUUAUUUGGGGGAUACGUGUGAGUCUAUUUGUAUUUUCUCUGUUUACACCGCGACGGAUUCCGAAAGUUCUCGUAUUACUACGUUUGGCUCAAGCGUUUCCUGUGUCAGAUGUAGAAUAUUUCUUUGGAAGAACAUAUGCUUUUCACGAUAAUACACCUACCGACAUUCUAAAAUCUUCAGUAGAACUUGCUGUAAUUGCACAAAGUCCACAAGGUCGAUUGAAUAAAUAUUCAAUCAGAUUGGUUGAUGUAUUUGAUAGUUUGUCAUCAAAUAUGCCAAUACAACUUGAGUGUUCAUGGACAGGUCAUCAUAGUGACAUCAUAAGUAUGAAAAAAACUCCUGUAGAUGAUACAUUUGUAUCACUUGCGAAAGAUGGCGAGACAAUUUUAUGGAAUAUCGUUGACAAACGAAUUGGUCCGAGUAUUACUGAAAAAUUUACUAAUAAAAUGGAUUCUCACAUCAAGCUCGUUUGUAUUAUCCCACACGGAAAUUUAGCGGUUUAUGACGGAACUCGAAUUGUUAUAUUUUCUUCUGCAAAAAAUGACCUUUUUGUUCAAAUUGCAAUCCUUGAAGACUAUGAUCCAUUCUUUGAAUUAAUUUUGUUGUUUAAUUUCCAAGAUGUGACAUUAUCUUCGACAACUUAUCUUGCUGGAAUUAGUCACCAUGAGAAUACCAUUUUCUUGUGGAAAUUUACAAAUAAUGAUUCAGUUACAUCAUCCCAACAGAUAGUGUUUAUUUCUAAGGCAUCACUUUGGUCGAGCUUCAAAACUACAAUAGCAGUAUCAAUUGAACCAUGGUCCGAAUCAAGUGUAAGUAAUUUGCCGCGGGAUCGAUACCCAGUCUUGGCUACUUUUAGUUCCGAAGAUGGUUACAUUAGGUAUUGGCAAUGUAAUUUGGAUAAGAAAACAGAAAUGCAAUCUCAAAUAGCAGAGAAUAUUUGGGCAGAAGAAAUAAAGUUUUUUGUUGGAGAAGAACUGAAAGUUACUAAGUGUGGGCCACAAGGGAAAAUUGCUGUUGUAUUACAAACUUCUAAUGGGUAUGAUUUGACUAUAUGGGGUUGUAUCAAUAAGAAAUUACCGCCUACUAAAGAUUUUAUCGCAGAAUUUAGUGAGAGGAUUAUUGAUGUAGAUUGGUUAUUUACAUCAAGUGCUGAGCUUAUAUUAGCGAUUGCGACAUCGCGAAAAAUUUUGAUUUAUACUCGAGUGCGAAAACAUCAUGUUUCUGUCAGAACUAGUUGGAUUUUAUUUUCGGAGAUCGAUAUAUUGAGUAGCUCGCCGUCGCCAAUUUCUGCAAUAUUAUGGGCCAGCGGAGGCUCGCUUAUUGUCGCUAACGGAAAUCAGCUAAAGUGUUAUAACAAAUGGUUGAGUUAUGAAAAUAUUGAUAAAGUGUCUAGAGUUACAGGAAUGAAUAAACAAUUCCCUACGUUAUUUCAUGUUGUUGACCAUUUAAAUGGUCCAUUACCUCAUCAUCAUCCAACUUUAUUAUUGCAACAUAUUUUAUGGGGCAAAAUGGAAUUGGUAAAACAAAUGCUUGCACACCUUUGUAAAUACCUUAAACUUUUAAUUGGUGCUAAUAGGCCUAUUUCGAGAAUUCUUCCUGUACCAUUUGAUAAGAUACUUGAAGAUGAUGCCUCAACAGCAUCAAAGAAGACCCGUCGAUAUAGCAUUCUCUUUGGAGAGGAUAGUGACGAUGAUGACUCGCAAGAAUCUGUUCUCGAUUUUACAGAAGUGGCAAGCUUCUUAAGCGAACAAUUAAAAGUUAUUUCCUUACCGGAACUAACGUCUGUUGAGCAAGCACAGCUACUUGCCUUAGUUGAUACAUUAAUUCAAGUGGAAAGUCAAAAAAGAAGUUUAGAUGAAAAUGGGGUCCGAUAUGUAUUAUUCAUGAGAAGGUAUCAUUAUCUGAAUAGAGCCACUUUCAGAGUAUCUGGAUUAAGUUACCGUGAUAUGAAUUGGGCGAUGCACAGUGAUUCUCAGGAUCUGUUGAUUGAAUAUAGUACCGUAGCAUCAGGUGGCAAAAUUCUAUGGAAUGAUGCAAGAGUUCAUGGAAUUUUUUUAUGGCUUAGAAGUAACGAAAGUGUGCGACAACAAAUGGAGGUCAUAGCUCGCAAUCAUUAUAUGCAAAAAGAAGAAAGAGAUCCAACGGACUGUUCACUAUUUUAUAUGGCAUUAAGAAAGAAAAAAUUAUUGCUGGGAUUAUGGAGAACAGCAAAUAACCAUAAAGAGCAGGCAGCGAUGCUAAAAUUUUUGUUAAAUAAUUUUGACGAACCAAAAUGGAAGACCGCAGCUUUGAAGAAUGCAUAUGCAUUAUUGGGAAAACAAAGAUAUGAAUAUGCGGCUGCGUUCUUUCUUCUUGGUGAUAAAUUAAAGGAUGCUGCAAAUGUGUGUUUAAAAUAUUUAGAUGAUUUUCAAUUAGCUAUUGCUAUUUGCAGAGUUUAUGAAGGUGAUGAGGGAUCCACCUUGAAAAAUAUUCUUGAAACCCAUGUUAUUCCUUUAGCUGUGAAGACAGGAGAUCGUUGGUUAGCUAGUAUGGCGUUCUGGAUAUUGAACCAAAGGGAUCGGGCUGUUAAAGCUAUUAUGGUACCUCUAGAAACUUUGUGUGACAUUUCUACGAAGCAACUAGCUUCCUCGCCGUCAACAAAUCCUACGAUUUCCACAGAAUCACCGGACGCUGCACUGAUAGUUCUUUACAAACAACUUAAAGAAAAAUCUGUUCAAACUCUUCGUGGUGCAUCUGAAAUUUCAUCAGAGACCGAAUAUUGUUUUGUGUUACGUAGCGUUUUUGCAUAUGAUAGGAUGGGAUGUCCUCUGCUAGCUUUACAUCUCGUGAAAACGUGGUUAUUCGCUCCGGAAUCAAUGUCAAAAAAUCCUCACCACAUAUUAAGAUCUAGACGCAGAACGACCAUACUCGAUAUUCCGCUGUUAGACAAUGACAUUAGAAUAUCAAGUGGCGUUGUAAAUUUUAAUAAUUGGAGUUGGGAAACUGAUGCUGAUGUGGCUUCCUCUCCAGUUUCGCCUAGGCCAAGCAGUAAAUCUUGGUUUGAUGAUGAUAAUACAAGGGAUACAUCGAACAACUUAUUUACAGACGAACCUUCACAGACAAAUAUUUACUCCGAUAAUGGAUCAAGUGGUACUGAUAUGUGGAGUUGGAAUGCUUAUAAAAAUAAUAAUUCAUCAAGUAAUGUAAGUGGUAGUUACACGGAAAAGGGUAAUUUGGAAAAGAUUACUUUGUUAGAUGAUAUGGACUUUAAUGAUUACAAGGUUGCACUUGUUAGACGUUUAGAACAGGAGAGGGUAUUUUGA